AUGCCUUUCACAAAACUCGUCAAGAACAGUGCAUACUACAGCCGCUUUCAAACCAAAUACAAGCGCCGCAGACAGGGCAAGACCGAUUACUAUGCUCGUCGACGUCUCAUUGCCCAAGCCAAAAACAAGUACAACUCGCCAAAGUAUCGCAUGGUAGUCCGCUUCACCAACCGAGAUAUCAUCUGUCAAUUGGUCACUGCCCAACUCGAUGGAGACAAAGUCUUUUGCGCUGCAUACGCUCACGAGCUCAAAAGAUACGGUAUCACCAACGGCUUGACCAACUGGGCUGCCGCUUACGCUACUGGACUGUUGCUUGCGAGACGUGCCCUCAAGAAACUCGAACUCGAUGAAACUUUCACAGGCGUUGAGGAGGCGGAUGGAGAAUACAAGUUGACCGAGGCGGCAGAGACGGACGAUGGAGAACGACGACCCUUCAAGUGCUUCCUCGAUGUUGGUCUUCACCGCACAUCCACAGGAGCUCGUGUUUUUGGCGCCCUCAAAGGUGCCUCAGACGGCGGUAUUUAUGUACCUCACAAUGAGAAGCGCUUCCCUGGCUACGAUCAGGAGACCAAGGAGCUCGAUGCAGAGACGCUCCGCAAAUAUAUCUUCGCUGGCCAUGUCGCCGAGUACAUGGAGACUCUUGCAGACGAUGAUGAAGAACGCUACAAAAGCCAGUUCGCAAAGUACAUCGAGAACGAUAUCGAGGCUGAUGGACUUGAGGAGAUGUUGCAGGAGGCACAUAAGGCUAUCAGAGAAGACCCAUUCAAGAAGGAUGAUGAAGAAGGAGACAAGAAAAGCAAGGAGGAGUGGAAAGCUGAGGGGAAGAAAUACCGGAACAAGAAGCUGAGCAAGGAGGAGAAAGAAGCAAGGAUCAAGUCGAAGAUUGAGGAAUUGACAUCUUAG